UGAUGACGAUCCUGUAUCGAGUUGUGCUUCGAGCAUAAACAUUUUCUUAGUUUAGCCUCGUGGAGUAACACGUGCCGCCUGAGGUAUUUGUCAGUUAGAAAGAAGUGAUAGCUGUUAUUUGCAAUUGUUUUAGUCGUCAAGGAAUUUGUUAAUUACGGUUAAAGACGAGGAAGAAGCAAAAGUUAUAGCGUAACUCUGCUCAGUUUAGCUAACAUACUGUGUUCGUUGUCGGCUUUAAUUUGGCGAUAUGAAAGGAAAAUUGAAGCAGAAAAGGAAAAAGGUCAAUGCGGUGUUACAGAAGUACAAGGGGGCGGUGACUGAUUUCGUUAAAAGUGAAUGUGGCGAUGGAGAAGCAGAGAAUGACCGCAGUUUCAGAAUUCUUAAAAAGAAAAGCAGAAAAGAGCUGCGCAAGGAGAAGCGAAAAAUGAAAAAAGCCAAAAUGAAAAGUCAUUAUGAAGGCAAAAAGAGUCUCAUUUUCCAGCUUGGUGAUGAGGAACUCUCAGUAACAGAAGCUGAAAAACGAGCACAGACCAAGAAAAAGAAUGUGUCAGAGACACAAGUGUCUGAAAAACCCGUGAGAAAGUCCACUGCUGCUCCUAAAUCACAAUCCAAGAAAACCAGCACGUUUCAAGAAACAAGAAAAAAGGCACUUUUGGAGGCAAAUGAGGAGGAGGACAGAGAAAUAAAGAAAUUAGAACGCUGCCUGAAAUUAAACAGGAGAAAAAACAAAACUAGUCUCCCCCAGUCCUUUGUGGCUGAUGGUUUGGAUUACAUCCUCGGUGUACUUCAUUCUGGCUCACCCGCUGUUGGGAUGAACAACAGUGACGAAGACAUGGAUGUCGCCAAAGAGAACUUUGAAAAGCUGGAGAAGAACGACUCUCAGUUGUCAGAUGAGGAUGAAGAACUAGGAGGUGACUGUGAGAGUGACGGAAGCGAUGAAGAGCUUGAAGAUGAGGCUGAUGAUGAGGAAGAACUGAAGGAAAACCAGGAGGAGAACCACGAUGGACAGGUUCAGAGUGACACAGAUGCUUCAGAGGAUGAGGGUGAUGAAGAUGUAACCAAGGAAGAGUCUGAAUCCCCUCAGCCAAACGCAUCUGGGCCAGUGACAGGAAUUGUUUCUUCUGUAGUAGGCAAGUACAUGCCACCUCACUUGCGUAACACUGGAGGUGAUCAGCGUAAAGCUGAACUUGAAAAGCUGAAGCGGAACGUAAAAGGCCUGUUGAACAGGUUGAGUGAACCCAACAUGGCAUGGAUAAGCAGUCAGCUGGAGGAGCUGUACAUGAGCUGCAGCAGAAAGGACAUGAACGAUGCACUCACCGAAGUACUGUUAGCAGCCUGCAUCACCCCGAACCUGAUGCCUGAUAGGUUACUGAUGGAGCAUGUUCUACUUGUGAGCAUCCUCCAUCAUGCUGUAGGAUUGGAGGUUGGAGCUCAGUUUCUGGAGACAGUCGUGCGAAGGUUUGUUGAGGUGUACAACAACCCUGGGGAAGGCAAAGAGUGUGACAACCUUAUUGCCAUUGUUGCUCACCUCUAUAACUUCCAAGUGGUGCAUUCCUGCCUCAUCUUCGACAUACUAAAACUUUUUGUCGGAGUCUUUACCGAGAAGGACAUUGAACUGGUCUUGUUUGUGCUGAGGAAUAUCGGGUUUACUCUAAGGAAGGAUGAUGCUCUGGCUCUGAAGGAGCUCAUCACUGAAGCUCAACGUAAAGCCAGUGAACUGGGUUCAAAGUUUCAGGACCAAACCAGGGUUCGUUUUAUGUUGGAAACCAUGCUGGCUUUGAAGAACAAUGAUAUGCGCAAGAUCCCUGGUUAUGAUCCAGAGCCUGUGGAGAGACUAAGGAAGUUGCACAGGACUCUGAUCCACCGCAGUGCAGGCGGCACUGACGUGAAACUAAGAGUCUCCCUGCAAAAUCUCCUGGCAGCAGAAGAUGUGGGUCGCUGGUGGAUUGUAGGUUCUUCGUGGAGUGGUGCACCCAUGAUCAAUGACCAAGGAAAUACAUCUUCAAAGCAGAUUGAUGGUCAAGGACAGUUUAGUGCCAAAGUAUUAGAGCUGGCAAGGAAACAGAGGAUGAACACUGAUGUAAGAAGAAAUAUCUUUUGUGUGCUCAUGACCAGCGAGGAUUACCUGGAUGCAUUUGAGAAACUCCUGAGGAUGGGACUGAAGGACAAACAGGAAAGAGAGAUUGUCCAUGUUCUAAUGGACUGUUGUCUGCAGGAGAAAACCUUCAAUCCCUUCUAUGCUGUACUGGGAGAAAAAUUCUGUUCCCACGACCGACGCUUUCAGAUGACUUUACAGUUCAGUCUAUGGGACAAGUUCAGGGAACUGUCAAACCUCCCCAGCAGAACCUUCAUCAACCUGGUGCAGCUGGUUACACGCUUUCUUCAGAAGAAGUGCCUCUCGCUUUCUAUAUUAAAAGUAAUAGAGUUUGGGGAACUUGACAAGCACAAAGUGCGCUUCUUACGACAAGUUCUGUCCAAGCUUCUGAAAGAAACUGAACCUGAAGACCUAGCCAGCAUAUUUGGAAGGAUUUCAGGAAUUCCCAAACUCGGAAUGCUGCGGGAAGGCUUGAAGCUUUUCAUCAGCCAUUUUCUUAUGAAAAAUUCCCAGACUCAAGGACCUGAGCAAGCAGCAUUGCUUUCAGAACGUGCUCAGAUCGCCACCAAAGCCAUGGAGGCUAAAGAGGCCAAACUCAAACUGUAAAACUCUCAAACAUAUGCACAUAUACACCAGGAAAUCAACACUUGUACAAACAAUGAAUUGAAACUGUGCAGUGGGAGACAACUUGCAAAAAUAAAAUGUCUCAAUAUGAAAUUGAGGAAAAUCCUCUUUGAUUGAUUCUAAUAUUUUUUCCUCAUUUUAAGUUUUUAAAAUGUUACCGUGAACUACUACAUGGAAGCAUACACCAGUUACAAAAUGUAUAUUAGUGUGCUGUUUGUUUAUUAUUGUGAAACAAAAAAAUAUUUGUACCUUCAGACUGACAGCAGUACUUUAUUAUUGCAUGUAUUUUAAUGAACAGAUACAUCAGUCUAUCCAUCUGGGAUGAAAUACCAUAAAUCUUUUUUUAUUUAGGGUAUUUCUAUACACACCCCCUGGAGGGUCACUGAUGGAUACAUUUUCGCUGAAAUGUUUUCAUUCUGUUAGAAAUCCAACAUUAAAUGCUCAUACUUUUUCA